AUGAGCUGCUUUCCCCCAAGCCCUGACCCCACAGCCCGUGGCCGGCUCUCCCCUCCCUUCCCGGGGCUGCCUGGAGUCCCGCUGCCCGCUCACAGCCUCGGCUACGGCAUCUCCCGUAUCUCCUAUGGCAUCUCCUCCCGUAUCUCCUACGGCAUCUCCUGUAUCUGGCACAGCAUCUCCUGUAUCUCCUACGGCAUCUCCCCAUCUCCCGUAUCUCCUACGGCAUCUCCCGUAUCUGGCACAGCAUCUCCCGUAUCUCCUACGGCAUCUCCCGUAGCUGGCAGAGCAAAGGCUGGUGCUGUCAGGAGGGGAAGCCGCACACCGAUCCCGGGUGCCAGGACUCUGCCAGGAGGCUCAGCCUUACCGAACCACGGAGAGAGCGGCUUUGGCUCCAGCUGA